GUCUCCCUUUUCGCCGAUUGAGGGUGUACUUCAGCUCGGGGUGAAUACGCCGUUGAAGAUUGAAAUAUUAACUAUCAUUGAAUAGGAUUUCAGAGCCAAAUUUAAACAUGCAUUAUCUGCCGUGCGCGUGCUCCAUUCUUAAAUCCAACAUUGCGUAAACGGUACUUAUAUUACGCUUUCAUAGUCAGGUUAUGUUAUACGGCGGACUCAAGGUCUUCAAAUUCGGAUAAGCCUCGCCUAUAGUUGCCAAAUACUGACCUGACUUGGCAGUAACCUAUAAAAAAGGUUGGUUUUUGUAAUGACAUUGUUUGGUGAUAUCAAUAGAUUUAAUCAAGCAGAAAGGGCGCCCUUUGUUGACCGACAAGUUAAUUAUUGUCCAAACUAUUACGUAACAUGAGGUUGGUCAUUCACACGAGUCGUUGUUUUGGGCGAGGCAAGUCAGCCUCAACGAUAGAAGACAGUACGGGAGAAUAUACAUACUCACUCGUCAUCCACAACAUCUUUCUGUCAAUCUGCAACAUCUCCACUUUAAGUCUAGCUGACAAUUUCGAUUGUUGCUGAGAAUCCUGCAGUUUAAUACAGAGAUUCCGAUUGAAAUAUGGUCCAAUGGUUGUUCGGAGUGACGGCUGUCGUCCUUCUUUAUGGCGUGACCGCUCAAAGCAACGUGACCCAAGGUGUGAACACGGGCUUUAGUGUCCGUUUAAUGGCAGGCUCAGGCCCCAAUGAGGGCAUCGUAGAGGUGACUCAAGAAGGCAAACGAGGCCCAAUUUGUAAUCCUUAUUGGGACAUUAACGAUGCAACCGUUGUCUGUCGUCAGCUCGGCUACCCGCUAGCCACACUGGCCUCGACGGGUCAGCGAUUUGAAUCAAGGAUAUAUGAUACGCAUUUGGAAGCAGUGUCGUGUCAAGGAAAUGAAUAUCGGCUAGACGACUGUAGCCGAGGAUCAUGGGUCUCUCAGCCCUGUUCUGACCGAGACACGGCCGCCGUGAUAUGCAGCAGUAUCGGGGAGUUCUCCGUUCGACUGAUGGGCGGUCCUUCUCGCUUCGAAGGGCGGGUAGAGGUGUACCACAUCCACGCUGGUACUCAGCCAAUGUGGGGAACCAUCUGCAAUGAUUACUGGGAUAUCUACGAUGCUCAAGUCGUUUGCCGUCAGCUCGGCUAUGGCAAUGCCAAGGCAGCCGUAGACGACGGUGACAGACUGUAUGGUAUGGGCAGCGGGCCGGUCUUGCUGGAGUCGGUAACGUGCUACGGGACGGAGAGCACACUGGCCAGCUGCCUGACACCGGGUUGGCAUGUCCAUAACUGUGGUCAUAAUGAGGAUGCCGGGGUCAUCUGCGAGUACGCUGAUACUUCGUACGUUUGGCUGUCGCCGCUAGCCGUCACGUUCAUCGUCAUCGGUAGCCUCCUCGCAUUCUGUGUGGUCAUCGGCUGCAUCGUCUGCUGCAUCUCUUCCGUCACCAAGAAGAAGCAGCGACGCACCGCCAGCUCCCCCGAACCGCCCGUGUCCUUCGCUGCCUCCAACCAGGCGGCAACGGUAGAGACAGCCGGCGCCAGCCCCGGCUACAGCCUCCCGAUCCAGCAGUUCCAGCCGCCACCCGGGUACGUGUUGACGACCACCACUGCUUCCGGAGGAACGCCUGGAUUCACAACCAUCACACCGAUGCCACCGCCCCCACCGUACGCCGAGACCCCGAAUGCGGAAAAAUCCUAGAAUACAUUACACGUUAACUUUCGUCAGCUUUCCAAAAAUCGUAUUCUAAUUAACAUCAGAGAAUAAAAGUUCGAAGUUUCAUCUGUAGACAUUGCAGUGUUAUAGACUACAUAAAAAAUGUGCAAUUUCCUGAAUGAUUUAGAUUUCGCUGAUUGUAAUAUUAAUGGAGCAGCAGUUGGAAGUUGCCUGAUUGAAGUUUAACCAUUUUAUUCAUUGAUUAAAUUAAUCUGUUUGAUAUUGAGACCUUUAGUAUGAAUUGGCUGUAGGCCAUUGUUUAACACUGUACAUUAUACGUUGACUCUUUUCCAUGUUUAGGCCUCAGCAGAGAACUUGCCAGCAAGCAAGGGCCUAAACAGACCACUUUUAAGUUUAUUUAAGUAACAUGUCAAAAGUCAAUCGUGCUUUUUGCUACCCAAAACAAUAAUCUUUAGAGUUGAUGUAGGUGGAUACAUGUAUAACUGGUAGCAGAAACACCUGCAGGCUGCGGUCUAUUAAUUAAUUCAAGUGAGAAUUUCUGGUCAGCUCAUUAAUAUUAAAAGUGCUCCCGCAGUAUCUUAUGAAAAGGGAGAUUGUUUGGCCCCCAAAAUGGUGAGAUUGUGUAAAUUGUUGUCAGGAUCGACUCCUUGGGUCUUUCAGCUUUCAUGUGAGAGUAGAAUGGCUAAAAACUACGGUUGAAGAUGCUCCUAAAUGACCGAAAAAGUAGAGGGUUGUCACUUGAAAAAUGGCUGCAAG